AUGAUCAUACAUUGCCACGGACAUAUCGUACGAGCACGCGAGAAUUCGAAAGACAACGCUGAAGCGGACCCCAUUAUCAAACUGCUCAAUGACGCAACGGACAAAGUGCGAGGACCUGACGCAGGCCCGGCUAGUCUUCUGCAACUACAGAGGCUCUGCAAGCUCUUACUCGAAUACCACGAUCCAGGCCAAUACCGCAAAGAGCGACAAACCUUCAUGUGUGCAAGGUUUCCCUUGAUUCCUGGUGCGGUCCUGGACCAACUGACUGCUUUGUGUAUCGAUGCCGCUUUCGAACGCAAAGUACACGCCGAUCAUACCAUCGAUGUUACAGGUCGCUUGCUGUACAAGACACAAGAUACCGAGCAUUUGAAGAGGGCAGAUGGGCUCGUAAAGUCCCAGAAUGGUAUCAAAAAGAAGAUGGAGAUGUGUGACAACGUCCAGGUAGCAUACGGCCGAGCUCGAGACGCAGACAAUAAGAGUGCUCAGUCAAACAUACCAGCCACCAUGGCCACCUGGCGAGCCUCAAUCAUCCGCGAUACAGUACCUAACAGUACUUUCCUGCGCCUCCAAGAUUGCUCACCACUGCUUAAACACGGCCGAGAACUCAACGAUGAUGGAUUUCUCGACGAUACGCUUCGCUCCGUCUCGAAGGACGCAGAUAUCUCUGAUAUCGAGACUUUUCUAGAAGACGUAGCUAAACUCAACAGCAAGAUCCCAGACGUCGAUAUCCGACGCUACUGCACCAUCGCCCUCGAUUCGAGCGCUUUAGCUAUCAAUAAUAUCGGUCUGUACGAUCUGAGAUACAUGCGAAGAAUCUUGCUACAUCACCUGUCGACGGCUGAGCCUGCGAUCCGCGAGUACUGUUUCAAACUGCUGCGUGCUCCGAUGGAAGGAGCAGAGAUUCGGAAAGGUAAGAUCAAAGACGAUGAGGUCAAAGAAAUCAUUCUCGUAUCGGAAACGUUUGGAGAGAAGGUUCUUCCCCUUCUUCUGCCACACCUUGGCGGUUUCGUAAACAACCUCCCAUGGCUGGUGCAACUACUCACCCAGGUCCAAGACUCAAAGCAGUGGGCUUCAGAGAACUUCUUACCACAAUUCUGCACCACCGUCCUCGAGCCUGCCAUCGAGCGAGCGAGACUAGUAGUCUCUAGACUGGACGUACCUGUCGGCGAAAUGAUCCGCGAUUCGUUCCCAUCCCGCAAGAACAUAGCGCCAGUUCGCGGCUCCAAUGAGGGGGAUCGCGGCGUUACGGUGGAGGAGUUGAAGCUGCUGAUUCCUCUCCUCGUAACCCUAGCGCGGGAGCAUGUCGUGGAUAGGCUGGCGCAGAGGAUGCUGAUGGACUUUGUUGACCUCGAUUUUGAAGGCUUUCGCGACGUGCUCGGGGAGGAGAAGACAGAGGAGAAGAUAGAAAAGAGGGCGAUUGAAGAGGCGAAGGAGGUAAAGAAAAGGAAGGCUGCUGAUGAUGGUGGAAGGGGAAAGAAGAAGAAGAAGAAGAAGAAGGGAAGAGGACGUCGGCGAUAAAGAUUUAACACCACCGACAUGAUGACGAGGUAGAGAG